GGAGGUGCGGCCGGGUUGCUACAGCCGGAGCUGGGCGGUGGCGGCGGCGGCAGCGGUGGUGGCAGCUGUUGCGGGCGCUGCAGGAGGAAUCUCGCGGAAUCAGAGGUGGUGGCGCAAUGGAGGGACUGGAAGAAAAUGGAAGUGUCCAAGUUGGAGAAUUGUUACCAUGCAAGAUUUGUGGAAGAACAUUCUUUCCAGUGGCAUUAAAAAAACAUGGACCUAUUUGCCAGAAAACUGCCACUAAAAAACGGAAGACUUUUGAUUCAAGCAGACAAAGAGCUGAAGGAACUGAUAUUCCAACAGUAAAGCCUCUUAAACCUAGGCCUGAACCACCAAAGAAACCAUCUAAUUGGAGAAGAAAACAUGAAGAAUUCAUUGCCACCAUAAGAGCAGCUAAAGGCCUUGAUCAGGCACUUAAAGAGGGUGGAAAACUUCCUCCUCCUCCUCCACCUUCUUAUGAUCCUGAUUAUAUUCAGUGUCCAUAUUGCCAAAGGAGGUUUAAUGAAAAUGCAGCUGAUAGACAUAUUAAUUUCUGUAAAGAACAGGCAGCACGUAUUAGUAACAAAGGCAAAUUUUCUACUGAUACCAAAGGAAAGGCGACUUCUCGGACACAGUAUAAGCCGCCUGCACUUAAAAAGUCAAAUUCUCCUGGAACUGCACCAUCAGGAUCUUCACGAUUACCACAACCAAGUGGCACUAGCAAAACUGUUGUAGGUGUGCCUUCAGGUAAAGCGUCCUCAGUUAGCAGCUCUUUGGGAAGCAAACUUCAGACCUUAUCUCCCUCCCAUAAAGGGAUAGCAGCUCCUCAUGUAGGUAAGAUGGACAAGUUAGGCCCUCCACUUCGAACUGGAAGACAUGUGCAAAGGUUGUAUGACAGUGAUACAAAAUCAGACAGUGCCAUCAAAAGACAUGAGUUAUUACCCAUUUACAAAACUAACAUCAAACCUCGAAAUUCCACACCACCUAGUUUGGCACGAAAUCCUGCUUCAGGUGUGCUUACAAACAAAAGAAAAACAUAUACUGAGAGCUACAUAGCCAGGCCAGAUGGAGACUGUGUAUCUUCACUUAAUGGCGGGAACAUUAAAGGCAUGGAAGGAAAUUCAACAGGACACUUACCAAAAUUCUGCCACGAGUGUGGGACUAAAUACCCUGUAGAAUGGGCAAAGUUCUGCUGUGAAUGUGGCAUUCGAAGAAUGGUUCUGUGAACAGAGUCCAAAAAAAAGCUAAGUCUAAAAUUUUAUGACUGUUGCUGCUUGGACAGCUAAGCACUUCCUCUAGUGAAUUUAUGCUAAAAUUAUUCAAAAUACUUUUUUUAGCAAUUUUUGAAGCAUAAUCUUUGGCUGUGUAAUGUGUGUGUGUAUAUAUUUGUGUACAUAUACUGUGUAUAAUAAAUACCUGAUGCCCCAAACUGUGCCAUUCAAGGAAAUAUUCACUCAUCUGUCAAAAUAAUUUCAAGUGGAAUCAUUAACUUAGGUGUUACUUUUCUGUUAUUGUUGUUAAAGCACAUGAAGCAUACCUCCACAAAAUCAAACACUAGUGCUCAGUCCUGCAAGCUUUAGGGAUGAUCAUUACCUUGAGCAAAAAAUCAGAACAAACAUAUUUAUUAUUGGUGCCUGUUUUCAGAUAGUAUCAUAGGAUGGGAUGCUUGAAAUUUUGGAAAUGAAGAGAAUAUUUUUAGUUACAACUAGUUAUGUGAGAUCAUUUCUGUAGAGCUUGCCAACAAUUAAUUUUAUAAAUAUUAAAAAAGAAAGGAAAAAAGCCCCACGGGUCUAGGUUGUCCUUUACUCGGUAUAUCAUUAAUUUUAUAAUUUAAAGGUCUUUACUCAUUCUUUAAAAUGUAAUUAUGCAGUUUCCUUUUUAGAGACACGAGACUGAAAAAUACAAAUGUGUCUUAUUCCAGUCAUAACUGAAUGAUUUUUUUUUUACUUCUUUGUUAGUUGAAUGUAUACUCUAUUUCUAAUUGUAUCUCCAUAUUUCAUUUUUUUCAUAACCUCAUGUCUAAAGAGUUUUAUUUUACUACUUUUUUUAUUUGCAAAGUUUGAAAAUAAUAUAAAAUGCAUAAAUUUCCUUACAAAAUUCUACACAUUUAUUUCUGUGUAAUUAGAAAAAAUUAUUUUUAAUAGAUUUUAAAACAAACCACCUCACCUAAUAAAUAAUUUGGAUAGUUAAUCAUUAGCAAUUUUUAAAUUUUAAUUUCCCUUGAAGUAUAGUUAGAUGUAGUUAUGAGUAGGUCAAGAGAAUAUCUAAUUUUCCUACUUAUAUUUUCUUUUUAGUGUUUAAUGCCAAAACACCAUUCACAUCACAGUAAAAACCCCACUGAAAAUGCAUUGCUUUAAUGCAUUAGCUGACUUAUGUAAUUAAACAUUCACAAAAAUUUAAUUAUACUUUAAUUUUGGCUAAAAUGUAGCUUUUAAGCAUUGUCACUUUCAAUGUAACAGUAUUUAGCAGAUUUCUUUGAUCGCCUAUGCAGCCAUAUUCUGUAAUUUAUUAGUAAUUUCUGUUGAAUGGAAAGAGCUUUGAUCUUAUAAAGUUAUAAGCAAAUCUUUUAUAGGCAGUUUAUAGCUUCUCGUUUAUGACUGUGAUCAACUGUAAGGGUUAAUGUAGAAAUUUGUGGCUUACAAUUUUUCUGAAAUUUAUUUAUGCUUAUACUUUGUAAUUGUAUUCAUUAGUUUUUGGGGUUUUUGUUUUUUGUUUCUGUUUUUGUUUUUCAUUCGGGCAGGGUAUGUAAACUUGAGAUAAUGGGAAUUGUUAUUCUAUUUUCCUUAUGGUUUCUUUCCUUAUUUUUUAUUAACUUUUUUUUUCUGGUUGUCUUCAUUCAGUCAAAUUAGUCUUUAAAAAAAAGUCCAUUUAUUAGAAUAAGCUGUAAUUAAUUUAGGAGAAUAAUGUACGUGUUAGAUUUUCAUUUAUAUAAUAUGUUAUUCUGUCUUAAUUGUUAUAAAUCAUAGGAAGAACUUUAAACUUUGUUUUACCUGGAACUGAGCACUAUUUUUUUUUAAGACCACAUAAUUUUUGCCCAAGGGGAGGGGUAGAUAAAAUGAACUUAAACAGAAGUGGCACGUGUUUGUUUCUCACAGAAUUUUGCAGUAGCAAGUAAAUGUUACAAUGUACUACAUGGAAAAUGAGUUGGUAAAAAAAAAUCAUCCAAUUCUAGAACCCAGAGAUUAUUAUAAAUAGUAAGUUGGUGAAGUAUACUUAUGAAUUAUGAAACAUGUUGUGACAAUGUGUUUAAAUGCAUUUUUAUAUUACUUACAUAUAUUAUUCUCACAUUGAUUUGUUGUGCAAUAGUUCAGUUUAUGAGAAAUUUUCCUAGAUCAUUUAGUUUAUUUUUAUUUAUUUUCACAAGUAUUUGCCAGUGUGGUAGAAUAAAAAAUGAUUAUAAGCUUAAAUUUAAAAUGUAAAAAUUACUUAUAUAUUAUUCUGAAAGUCAUUAGCUUGAUAAAGUAAAAUUAUUAUGGUUGCUGUUGUCUCUUGUUCACAGUUUUUUAUUAUAAAUAUUGUCUUCAUUUUUGAACCUAUUCAAUAAAGAUGAAGCAAAAAAAAAAAAAAUUCCAGUCAGUCUUUAUUAAUGUCUUAGCUUUUACCCAGACAUAGGUAGAAAGAUAAGAGCACACUGAAAUAUGAAGAAAAUAUUCAAAGUCUAAAUACAAAUUUUUUUAAAUGACAGAAAGUAGCUUUUAAUUGGCCAUUUUUUUGUGCCAUCAGCUUUUAAAAAAAUUGCUAUUACUUUACUGAAUUGCAGUGUUUUCUGACUUCAGAGUAUUCUAAAUGUUUCAUUACAAGAUUUCUAAUGCAUAGUAAAUUCUCUUCAUGGCCAGUAAAAUAUAGCAGUUGAAAACAUUAGUGAACUUAAGAUUGAUAGAAAAUGUUGCGUGUAUAUUUCGAAUUAGGUAAUGUUACAGUUAAUGGCAAAAAGUAUUGGUUUGUCAUCAAUACUUAGUAAUUUUAGACUAUCAUAUUUAAAAUUUUAAACAGGAGCUGUCUCUAGUAAAAAUAUAAUCAAAUUAGGGGCACCUGGGUGGCUCAGUAGAUUAAGCAUCCCACUUCCGCUCAGGCAUGAUCUGGCGGUUUGUGAGUUUAAGCCCUGCAUUGGGCUCUGGGCUGACAGCUCAGAGCCUGGAGUCUGCUUUGGAUUAUGUCCCUCUCUCUGUCCCUCCUCUGCUUGCACUCUGUCUCUCUCUCAGGAAAUGAAUAAACAUAAAAAAUUUUUUAAUAUAAUUAAACAUGUUUGAUUUGUACUCAAUGCAAUAUAUUUGCAUUGUAGGUAUAUGUAUUUUAUGUGGUGGAUAUAUUUUUAGUACUAAGAUAAUUUUUCCAACUGUGUUAUUGAAUUGAGCAGUAGAAAAUCAUUAAAACCAAGUUAAUGAUAGCCACACUUAUUUUCAUUCAGAAGUUUUUUAGUUAAUUACUACUAUCAGGAUACUCAUUAUAUGUAAGUUUGCUUGGCUUAUACGUGGAUUGCUUUUUUUGCCACUAGAGGGUGCUUUUAGAUAAUUUAAUAUUACCAGCUUCCAAUUUUAUUUUAAAGGCCUCUCCGCAACAUAGAUAUAUCUAUAUCUAUCUCAUGACAUUAUGGAGAUUUAUAAAAGAUAGUUUUUAUUCUUCAUUUUGCUGUGACUUUAAUAAUUCGUAAGCUGUUUUUUUUAAUGUUUAUUAUUUUUGAGAGAGCAAGAGCAAGCAGGGAAGGGGCAGAGAGAGAGGGAGACACAGAAUUGGAAGCAGGCUCCAGGCUCUGAGCUGUCAGCACAAAGCCCCAUGCGGGGCUCAAACUCACAGACCGUGAGAUCAUGACCUGAGCUGUAGUCCGCCACCCAGCCCACUGAGCCACCCAGGCGCCCCCAUAUGCUGAUUUUUAAGAACCUUAAUCUAGCUCAUUUUAGGCACCAUUGUGGUAGUAAUUACUAGGAAUGUUUAAUAUUUAACCCUCACAUUUUGUUAACAAUUUAUGCAUCUCAAACCUAUUACUCAAACAUUACCAGAUACUCUUUAUGCUAUUACUUUAAUAUUUCAUUUUAGUUGUACAAGAGUUACAAUCUUUUUUAAGAUAAGAAUUUUUUUUAAUCAUCUAGCCUAACUUAACGAUAUUUAAUAUAGGUGAGUGACAUCUACUUAUUUUAUUUUUUGUUUUGUUUUUUCUUUUUAAAUGUUUAUUUUGAGAGGGAGAGAGAGAGAAAGAGUGGAGAGGGGCAGAAAGGGAGAGAGAAAGAGAACCCCAAGCAGGCUCUGUACCCUCAGCAUGCAGCCAACACAGGGCUUGAUCUCACAAACCACAAGAUCAUGACCUAAGCUGAAAUCAAGAGUCAGAUGCUUAACCAACUGAGCCACCCAAGCGCUCCUAAGUUUUUAAUUCCAGUUAGUUAACAUAUCCUGUUAUAUUAGUUUCAGGUGUACAAUAUAGUGAUUCAACAAUCCAUCCAUACGUACAUCACACAGUGCUCAUCACUGACAAGUGCACCCCUUAAUCCCCAUCACCUAUUUUGCCCAUUUCCCCCAUCCCUCCCGUCUCGCAACCUCAAUUUCUCUGGUAGUGACCAGGGAUGCUGCCAAACAUUCAACCAUGCACCACACACUCAUCCCCACAACAAAGAAUGCUAAUUUCUUGGUUUGGAUAAAUGUACCAUGCUUAUGUAAGAUGUUAGCGUUAGAGGAAACUUGGUAAAAGGUAUACAGGAACACUCUGUACUAUCUUUGCAACUCCUAUAUAUCUGAAAUUAUUUCAGAAUAUAUAAAUAAAGCUUAUACUUAAGGGCAACAUACAGCUUCAGAGUCAAACAAUCGAUAUUUUCAUAAUUUAUUUCUAUUACAGGGUACUAUGUACUAUAGCUGAAAUAUUGUUUUGGUUUUUUGCAAAUUACCUGAAUCAUUCAAUGAAAUUUAUAUUGCCAGUGAUAUAUGUUGACAUUUUUGAGACCAAUAACAUACUUUCAAAUGUCUUCAAAGGGGUCUUUAAUCAUCUUACCUAAAAUACCUCCUCUGUUGAUCAAUCUUGUUUUUUCUUUCUUUGUUUUCCAGAGAAUUUGUUUUCUGUAAUAAUUUUGUUCAUUUGUUGAGUGUUGCCUUUUUUGGAAUAUAUGCUCCCUGAAGGCAGGGACUUUCUUGUACCUCUAGGUCCAGAACUGUCACAUUAGAGAUGGAUACUUAAUAAAUAUUUGUUGAGUGAA